UUUGCAAGUUUGUAUGUAGUUCAAAGAGUUUCCUGACAAGAACACAUUCAUUUGGAUCAUUUUUUUACUCAGUCAAAGCAAAGAUCUUUACUUCAAAGGAUCUCAAGGAUGUGGGAAGAAGAUGAUUUUCCAGAGGGCCACCUGAAAAGGCUGGAGGGCCGUGCUACACCAGAUAAUGGAGGCAUCUACACCAUGUACCACGGCACAUCAAGAAUGGCUGCAGGCAGCAUUCUGAAGACAGGCUUCAGGCCAUCCAGUAAAGGCAUGCUGGGGCCAGGGGUCUACCUCAGCCGGGAUCUGCAGAAGGCCAGCAGGUACCCUGUGCAUCUGUCUCAGAAUGACAGAGUUGUAUUGAAGGUGAAGGUUGAUGUUGGGAAAGUGAUAGCAAUCAACUACCAAGGCCACCCCCUGCAGUAUACCUGGCAUGCCAAUGGGUAUGACACGGCGUGGUGCCCUCCAAAGUGUGGCAUGGUGGCCAGUGGUCUGGAGGAGGACUGCGUGUGGGAUGCCAAUCGAGUCAAAGUGCUUGGAGUAUUUUCUCCAACAUCCCGGCCUAAUAGAUUGUGGGCAGAAGAUGAUUUCGACACAUCAGCAGACCCUAAACUGGAGAGCCUCAAGGCACCAAGUGACGGCCAAUACUACACCAUGUACCACGGCACAUCAAGAGAAGCUGCAGACAUCAUUAAGGAAAAAGGCUUCAAGCCAUCCAGUGAAGGUAUGCUGGGGCGUGGGGUCUACCUUAGCCGGGAUCUGAGGAAGGCCAGCAGAUAUCCUCUGGAUCUGCCUGUGGGGGAUAGGGCUGUCCUGAAGGUGACCGUAAAUGUUGGCAAGGUGAUAAAGAUCGACUACCAAGGUCAUCCCAAGCAGAAGACCUGGCAUAAUUAUGGAUAUGACACAGCCUGGUGUCCUCCAGAGUGUGGUAUGACCAAGAGUGGCCUGGAAGAGGACUGCGUGUGGGAUCCCAAGAGAAUCAAAGUCCGUCGUAUUAUUCGGCCACAGCUGGAUAAUCUCUGAGGAUGUGAAGCUGCAACAUAUCCAUCACUGAAGAAAAACAUUGAGAAGUUUGACAUUCCAUAACAUUGCUGUAAAUGUGUUUAUAAAAGCAUGUUUCACACAAGUUAUAAUACAUUUAAUAAACUCCCAUCAUGCAUUA